AUGUCGGAGGAAACAUUUUUAUACCUUUGUGCAAAGCUAGGUCCAGCGAUGGAGAAGCAAACCACCAACUUCAGAGCUUGUGUGCCUGUGAGGAAAAGAGUUGCCAUUGCACUGUGGAAGCUGGCUACCAACAGUGAAUACAGAAGUAUAGGUCAUCUUUUUGGUGUCAGUAAAUCAUCAGUGUGCCGGUGUGUGCAGGACUUUUGUAAAGCUGUAUGCACAUUGCUAGCUCCUGAAAUUAUUCAUUUUCCGGACUGGCAAAAGCUUAAAGACAUGGCUGACUACUUUGAGAACAGGUGGGGCCUUCCACAGUGUGUUGGUGCUAUUGAUGGGUCACACAUACCAAUAAUAGCACCACAAGAAUACCACACUGACUACUUCAACAGAAAAGGGUGGCAUUCCAUCAUCCUCCAAGGAGUAGUGGAUGGAAAAGGACUAUUCUGGAGUGUGAACGUAGGAAAGCCUGGGAGCUUGCACGAUGCUCGGGUUCUACGACUGUCCACAUUUUGGGAUUGGGUUGGCCAGGGAGGCCUGUAUCCUGUUUGCACUAAGAACAUUGGGGGGGUGAAUGUUGGCUAUUAUGUGCUCGGGGACUCUGCCUACCCUUUACAAAAUUGGCUCCUGAAACCAUUUCCUGACAAUGGCCGCCUGACACUAGAACAACAAACCUACAACAAGAAAACAUCCAGGGCUCGUGUAGUAGUUGAAAAUGCAUUCGGAAGACUUAAGGGUAGGUGGCGUUGUCUUAUGAAGAGGAAUGACAGUGACAUUGCACUUGUCAAAUCCAUGGUGCUUACUUGCUGUGCUCUUCACAAUCUUUGUGAAAGACAUGGAGAAGACUUCCACCAGGAUUGGAAUACGUCUGCAGAAGAGCCAGGACGGGUAAUUACACUGGAUAGCGAAGAAGAGUGCAGUGAAAUACGUCAGGCUCUCAUGCGGCACCUCAACCUUUAA